AUGCAAGGGAAUUCGCAUACAAAGGCUGCUGCUGCUGCGGCAUCCGUCGCGUCAGUACCGGCUGGCUCACACGACGCGAGCUGCUCAAAUCUUAGUGACUACCUCAACGAGGACAGUGUCGUUGGUGAUCUGGAGACGUACGACGUUGGGGAGUACCACCUUACCACUUGCCCUAUAUGCUUGGAGCACUUCACCCUAGACAACCCUGCCAUUCUCCUCAAGUGCGAGCAUGGGUUUCACCUGCAGUGCUUGGAGUCGUGGCGACAGCGGUCCUCGAUGUGCCCGAUGUGCUUUGCGCCUGUGGUGGGCGACGAGGGACGUCUGAUGAGCAGUUGCGAUGUCCGUAGACGCCGUUGCAUGCGACUAAAGCCGCCCUCAGCCUCCCACCACGAAACGGAGCGCAACGCACUCAUUACAACAACAGUCGCUCAGCGGAUGCCACAGCCUAACUGCGAGGUGGAGCACGCAUCUGAGCAGGAUGAGGAAAUCGAGGUGAUUGAGGUGACAUCCCGAAAGGGCGGCGUGCACUGGGUGUGGUCGUGGUUGCGUGAAUGCUGUGCUUUCUAG